AUGACGAAGCCGAUUACUUGGUUCGGCACUUGGCUACCACUUAUUAAAGUCGCUCAAUCGAUAUGUCUGGCGAUCAUUAUUCUCCUCUUCAUGGACGGAAGAACGCAAUGGAUUGUCUACACCGUAAUCUACAUCUUUGCAUUCAUCGCUCUUCUUUUAACUUUAUUCAGCAUCGGAGUUAGAUAUUUCGAGAUUAAUGGAAGAGGGAAAUUGUCCUUCAACGACUUGGACCUUCUUAUGAAUGUCUUCUUCGGCGUUGUCAGUUUCUCCCUUUCGCUCAUCCUCAUGUGGGACAUCAGAAAUAUGAUGAAUGGCCCAAGAAACUACAAAUACCAUAAGCAUCUUGCUCCAUAUAAUAUUGGAAUGGAUAGUUGGAUUCGACGGUGCUCUAUCACCGCCGGUGCUCUUGUUCUAACCUCAGCGCUUUAUCUAUUUACGUUCGUUCGAUUAUUCCGUGCACAUCGUCGUUAA